AUGUAAUAAACUAAUGUACAUCCACAAGUGCUAUUAAGCAUCUCUUCAUAAAUUUUGGCCAACAAAGUCAAUUUCCCUGGCAAAACUCUUCAUGCAGGGAUAUUGUUGGGUUUCUACAAUGCCAAGAUUAAUAAGACUGAUAUCUUGGAUUCAUUUGAGAUAAGUUAUUCAGGUAAGGAAGAAUUGACUCAAAAUGAGGUUGAAUUUUUGAAGGAAAGAUAAUAACUGCGUUUAAAAGGAGAUAAGUGGAACCUGUUUAAAAAUUUGGAUAUAGUAGGAUGGUAUAUCACAGAUAGUAAUCCACAUAAUUAUUUAAAAUUACAUACGUAGAUUUAAACAUCGUCUGAAGCAGAAAUUUCAGAAAAUCAAACUUCUUUCUUUAAAUAUCUAUUGUGCUUCGAUCCACUUAGUACUUAAACGACUUUAUUUGAACUUGAGGAUAAUAAAAUGCAAGUAUCCUAAAGUAAGAUUGAGCCGCAAUCAGAAGAAAUGAUUGGCAUCACAUCAUUGUUUUCAUAAUAAAAAUCAAAUAAAAAGUAUGACUUAAGAGUUAAUUCAUAACUUUAAAUGAUUUCAUUCUUAGAAAAAAUGUUAUAAAAAUUACUGGAAUCCUUAGAUAAUCCAUAAAUCAUAAAUAAUCCUCUGGCUUUACUAAAGAUAAAUGAAGUGAUAAUUUCAUUUCCUUAAGUUAACCAAUAAAACAUUGAAUAGGACUACUUUAAGCUAUUAAUAAUCAGUUAUUAUUGUGCAAUUUUAAAGAUGGAUGUAUAAAGAAAUAAAUCAUUAAAUUGA